GGGUUCUCAUCACCGCGUGCAACAGCGACUAGAGCUGUUUUCUUUCAUUCUUCGAUCUUUUAAUUUUGUUCUCAUACAUCUGUUGAACGAUGUCGCAGUGGGGUCAGUUUCAGCCUGGCCAGAAUUAUCAACUUCCGCAGCAAACCGGUUUCCAGCCUGGAGGAAUACCUGGUGGCUUUCAUCCUGGUGGAAUUGCUCCACAGCCUACUGGAUUUCCAGGCGCACGACCACAGGGUUAUCAGCAACCCCAACAGACAGGCUAUCUGGGCCCGGGUCCCUCUAGACUGGGUGUCUUGCAAGCCCAGCCUACGGGUUUCCUAGGUGAGAGUAGUUUUGCCCAGCAGGCUCGUUCGCAGCCUCCACCCGUCCCACCUAUCCCGGGCCAAUUCCAGCAGCAGCCUCCACCCGUACCACCUAUCCCAAGCCAAUUCCAGCAGCAACCUCAGUUCCAGCAGCAGCCUCAGUUUCACCAACAGACCGGCUUCGCAAAUCCUCAGGCAAACCGGUUCGGAGGUCCGUCUCCUUCAGGAUUUGGUGGAAACCCAGGCCUCAUGCCACAGCAAACCGGCUUUGCUGGUCGUAUUGCUGCGCCCUUGAUACCUCAAGCAACUGGCUUCGUGGACCCACGGUUGCAGAUGAUGUCUAGCUCGUUCUUACCUGCCAAUGUUUCUGCACCAUACAGUGCGGGAGGAAUGCCCCAGCUUGCUGCCCCUCCUCAGCAACAGUUGGGCGGUCUAUCUUUGCAGCAAUCCUUCCAGCAGCAUAAUCAGGCGCGAGGCACAGGGUCUGCACCCAAGAUUCCCUGGACACUCUCCAAGUCCGAAAAGAAGCAAUACGACCAGAUAUUCAGAGCCUGGGAUGCCCAAGGCACCGGUUUCAUCAGCGGUCAGACUGCACUCGAGGUCUUUGGUCAGAGUGGGCUCGAUAAGAACGAUCUGGCCCGCAUCUGGACCCUUGCCGACGUUGAUAACCACGGCAAGCUCAACCUUGCUGAAUUCCAUAUUGCAAUGGGCCUGAUUUACCGCAAACUCAAUGGCAAUGACAUACCUGACGAACUUCCGUCCGAACUUAUCCCACCUUCCUCUCGAGAUCUUGAUACCUCUGUUAAUUUUCUCAAGGACAUUCUUAAGAACGAUACACGUGCCCGCUCUCCGUCUGGUUUCGACACUCCUAUUUCACGUCUCAAAGAACGCUCAUUCAAUUCUACAUCUGCACCAGGUGCUGGCGGACGACAAGACGCCACAGUCUAUAAGCACACAGACGCAGAGCCUCCUGGCGGGUUCUACCAGCCCCGUAGCAGGCACAUCGACCGCAGUACUGUGCGCUCGCGGAAUGAAGACAACAGCCCUACCGCAGAUAUGUCUGAUUUAAAGCGCCAGCUUGCGAACACGCAAAAGAUGUUCGAUGCGAGAGCAGUAGCAGAUGAGGGUGACGAAGAGCUCAAUCGUGAGAUGGACAAUUUGCGGUACCGCAUUAAGCGGCUGCAAGACGACCUGACGUAUGUCUCCCGCGGUCCGAGGAGCGCGAGCAAAGAAGAGGAGCGUAGGAGGUUGGAGAGAGAGCUUUUGCAGCUCAUGCAUGAACGUGUACCUGAGCUCGAGCGCAAGAUCGAGGACCGUCAGGCUCAAAAAGAGAGGGAGUCACGUGAGUACGCCAGAGAGCGUGAUCGGAGGAACGAGAGAUCUGGUCGGUUUGACGAUACUAAUGGGAGGCAUUCACCCUCCUUGCGCUACAGAGAUGAUGAUCGCGAUAGACCUUAUUCUCGCAGUGGAUCACGGUAUGAUAGAGAUGACAGAGACCACGACAGGGAUAGGUCGUACCGUGACCGCCAUGACGACCUGGAUCUGGAUCGUGGUGUGUCGACGUCAACGCGUACUCCGCCGCCGCCGCCUGCUGCUCCAGCAAACAACAUAUCACUACCACCGCCACCACCGCCACCAGCCCCCAGCCGCUCGCCUGCUCCAGGAAUUAAAAACAUGGCGCCUGAAGAGCGCAAAGCGUUUCUCCAAGCGCAAGCCAAGAAGCGUCUCGAAGAGCGUAUGCAAGCUCUGGGCUUAUCUGCGCCAUCCUCGACUACGACACCUACCUUGGAUGUCAGCGUUGGAGACAGACUCGCUCAGGAGAAGAAGGAAGCGGAGGAGAAAGCCAAGGAAGCUGAGAGACAGGCCGAAGAGCGCGAGAGGCUUAGGAGAGAACGGCUUGAAAGUGACAAGGCGCUCAAGGAAGGCAAGGCGACUCCUCAGCCCACGCCGACUGUGCCGACACCUACUACUACCGCCCCGCCUCCUGCCCCUGCCCCCAAGGUCGCGCCGCCAGCUCUAAAAUCCCGUGCACCGGCACCACCUCCACCGAGGAAGGGCUUUGCUCUUCGCCCGUCUGCAACUUCACCUUCUGCGCCCUCGCCUGCUCCCGCACCUCCAGUACCGACUCCUGUGCGCGCUGUUGCUCCCCCGCCAGCUCCUGUUGCACCUACUCCUCCAUCAGUACCUGUUGUACCCAAAGAGGACCCAGAGGAUGCAGCUAUCGAAGCCCGUGGAGCUGCCCUUCGUAAGAAACGGGAAGAACACGCUGCCCUUCUCCGCAAGCUUGAAGAAGAGGAGGAAGAGGAGCGUCGUGUUGAAGAAGCAUACCUGGCACGCCGAAAGCAGUUCUUGGCUGCUAAAUCUGCUCCGUCUCCCACCACGCCUGCAUCUCCUGUUCCCCCACCGCCGCCUGCUUUCGUUCCUGCUCCCCCGCCGCCGCCUGCUUUUGUUCCAGCUCCGGCAGAGCCUGAGGAAGUUAUGCCUGCUACUAUUGCUCCUCCACCGCCUCCACCGCCGCCCGCACCGCCCGCAACUAAGUCAAGUACCAAUCCUUUCAGUCGAAUGAUGAAGGAGGGGGGAUCAACUGCUUCAACGCCUGCAGCAUCGACCAACGGUAGUAGCAACCCGUUCUUCCUCAACCAAACCGCGUCUCCAUCUACUGCUACUGCUCCUCCACCCACUGCCCCCGCUCCUCCAAAAAGUCCCGGACCUUCGAGCAAAACAACCUACAACACAGCAGGAGGCGAUAGCGAAGAUGACUGGGACGAUGUCAUGGAGAACGAAGACAAUGAUAGCAGUGAUGAGGAACUGGGUUCAAGGGAUACACGGAUGGGUUUGGCGCAGCAGCUGUUUGGGACCUUGUUGCCUUCAAGGCCGCAGUCUGCUGGGCCUGAGAAGUCUCCUAGAAGUCCUGCGCCGUCUGCGCCUCUGCCGCCACCUUCUGCACCCGCUGCACCCCCGCCGCCUUCUGCACCUACUGCACCUCCGCCACCAUCCGCACCAUUUGCCCCCUCGGUCAAUAUCGGUGCCCCAACUCCAACUGGUGACCGAAAUGCCCUGCUGAACGCUAUUCAGGGAGGAGCGAGAUUGAAAAAGGCUGUUACCAUUGACCGCAGUGGUGCAGGGAUCUCGGGCAAAGUUAUCGGGGAUGUUGCUCCUCCUCCCCACAUCAAUGCUGCGCCGCGUCCAGCAUCACCUCCCGCAGUUAUCGCACCAGCAGCAUUCGUGCUUCCUCCACCCCAAGAGACCGUCGCUGAGGCACCCCAUAUGACCAGAGGAUCAACUUCAGGACACACUACUAUCGAGGAGGAGGAGGAGGGUGAGGAGGAGGAGGUGUCCGCUGUGCCGGAGAUCCAAGUGUCUGAGGCAACACAUGAUAUGAUGGAUGAUAUUGAUAAAUCUACUGAGUUCCGUGUGCGGUCUCUUUACCCGUAUGUGGGUCAGAGACCUGAUGAUCUUAGUUUUGUUGAAAACCUGAUCAUCACUGCUCAUCCAUCCAAGUCAGGAGGCGAUUGGUGGUAUGGCACUAUCGUGAAGGACGGCAAAUCUGGUUUCUUCCCCCAAACAUAUGUACAGACGGUGGAACCAGUGAAAGCAAGCGCGUUGUACUCAUACGCGGGAGGGAACGCAGACGAGCUUCCCUUUGCUGAAGGUGACGAACUCUCCAUCAUUGAUAGAGGUGAAGCAGAUUGGUGGAAAGCUGAACGGGACGGGAUCGUCUUCAUCGUGCCAGCGGCUUACUUGGAGAUAGUAGAGGCCGCCGGAUCUCCACACGUCGUGCGCGUGAACCCGCGUGAGAAGCCGUCGACUAACAUUGACAGCGUCGAAUAUCCUGAUAUAUCGGGAGCAGCAGCUGCCAGUGGAUCACCUGAUGAGGACGGUUACGCUGACAGGUCUUCCGACGGGGGCGAGGACUAUUUUUCGAUGGACGAAUCAGACGAUGAAUCAGAAGGUUCUGAAGAUGGGACGAUUGAGGACGAACACGCUCGAGAGCUUGAACGUCAACGAGUUUUGGAGGCGGCGGGUCUGAUUGUAGACACCAGCUCGAAUGUGAUGGCGCCGCCUAAUCCGCCAGUACAGAAGCGCCGCCCUCCACCCGUGACUCCUCACCGGGUUUCUAUAGCAUCAGUGACUUCGAAGAAUCUUCCGCCAGUGCCGACUGUCGACUUGACAGAUACUGAACUCGAUUCGACGCCUCGUCUAGACGACGCUUUCGAUCGGUAUGAGGCUUUCAAGAAGAUGAAUGGGAACCUCAUCAAUAGGAUGUCUGUCUCAUCUUUUGAUACAUCUCCUUCGUCACCGCCACGGUCGCCUGCUGUGUCUUUGGCGCCUAGUCUUAGCCAUCGAGACUGGGAGAGUCGUACGUCGCAAUUUUUGAGCUUUUUGGGGAGGAAUCCGAAUAGGUCGACUACGCCGGAACCUGAGAAGAAAACGCUGGUCAUAUCUGGUCCUAUCCUCAAUACACCUCCUGGUGGUGAGACUGGUGAUGAGAAACCUAGUUUUGGAACGUCCUGGGCGAGCUUAGUGGACAAGUCAGCACUCGAAGGCAUUCCUAAGAUGGAGCGGCGGCGACAAGAGGCAAUAUUUGAACUUAUUUCCACCGAAGCAGACUACGUUCGCGAUAUGCAGCUCAUUGUUGGAUUGUUCUACUCUCGACUUAUGGGCACGCUCGGAGAGAAGGCUACCACUGUUAUAUUUGCCAAUAUUGAAGACAUACUACUCACUAAUACUACAUUCCUUUCUGUUCUCGAGGAGCGCCAGAAAGACUGCCGGCUCUAUAUAGAUCAUAUUGGCGAUGUUCUGGAGACACAUAUCCCUAACAUGGACCUUUAUUUGUCAUAUUGCGUUAAUCAAUCCAAUGCUGCGAAGGUUCUUCAGUCUAUGAGAGACAGCGAUGCUGACCUUGCUACUCAGCUUCAGCGCCUCCGCGAUGACCCUACAGCUCGAAAUCUUGAUCUAUCACACUAUCUCCUCGUUCCCAUGCAGCGCCUCACUCGAUACCCUCUCCUUAUCCGACAAAUCCUUCAAUACACAAGUCCUUCCUCAACGACCGACACUAGCAUCCAAACUGCAACUAGCGGACACCCACCAGCAAUCUCCAUUCAGCUCCCAGGGGACGCAGAGGAACGACAAAAUAUUAGUGCGGCUUUGGGAGCAGCCGAGAAAAUUCUGGAACACGUCAAUGAAACAAUACGGGAGCAAGAAGGGAGGGAAAGGCUGGGCGAGAUAAGCAAGGACCUAUGGAUUGGGCAGGGUCGCCUUGAUCUCACAGCGCCGACACGACACUUGGGCCCGCGAAAGCUUUUGAAGGAAGGCACGAUCAGCAAAGCUAAAAGCGGACGCAAACUUCGCCUGUUCCUAUGCAGCGACAUCCUCGUUUUGACGGAUGAAGUUGGAAGGGGGUUAUAUCGUGUUCCCAUACCCCUGAACGAAGUACAGAUAAAGGGAUCGAGAAAUGAGCGAGACGACACUCUGCUUCGCCUGCACCUUGCUUACCCGCGAGGUGGCGAUACCAUUGUUUUGCGAGCGACUUCAAUCAAGGAAUCUCUAUCAUGGAAGGAUGCGAUCGAGCGUGCUAGUCGGAGAGCCAAGGAGGGAGAGCGACGAGCUGUAAAAGCUCAGCGUGUUUCAUCAAAGACGGACCUACAAGAAUGAUAAUAUUUACAGACAUUUGAUAGGACUUGCGUGCUAUGUUCUAUAUUCUUCGCUGUGUAUGUUGUACGAAAAGGUCCCUGCUUAUUAAGAAUUAUGACAUAAUACUCAC